AUGUCUCCUAGCUUAGAGGGUAUCAUGUUUAACAGGAACGCGAACCUGUCAGCUCGCCGGCCAUUGCUCGCGGAACCACAGAAGCCAGUCGUGGUUCCACCUCGAGCACCACCCCGGGACUACGGUAAGUACGGCAGACCCGCGCCCGCGGCGAGGAACGCUCCGUCCGACGAAGGACGAUUCGAAUACAGAACCGAUUACUGGAAACCGUCGAAUGUUGACAUCGAAAAACGGCUGCAGGAGACGAGAACGCGAGAGAAGAUCGGAUACUUUCAAGACAAAGUGACCCCACCGGAAUUAAAUUUGGACCGUAGGGAGGCGGAGUUAGUGUUUAAAUUCGACCCUCACGCAUCCGCUGAAUAUUUAUCGAGUCAGUAUCAAGCUCCAACAGUUCAAUAUGCAAAGCCCCCGACGCCGGCAAACGGGUUUGCUAACCGUCUACCGGAGAGAGACGGCCCUUUUGUGUUCGGAGUCCACAGUCCCAGUCAGUUCCCUAUACCGCGUCGGGACGAAGACGACUACGACUACUCCGAGGUGGCCGAGGAGCACGGCCGGCCAGUGAUAAAAGAUGACGAGUCUACGGAACUCAACUGUUGUGAUAAAGUGAAUGAGUGGACUGUUAGGGAUAAGAAGAGCCGGAGGACUUUAAACCGUAUGUUCCAAAUAAAGGACCGACGGAAAGUUAAAGGCGGGAAAAAAGAAAAGAUUAAGUGUGUGUUGGUCGGAGACGGCGCGGUGGGAAAGAGUUCGUUGAUAGCCGCGUACGCCCAGGACACCUUUCGGGAAGAAUAUCAACCGACCGCAUACGACACAUUUAAUGUUGUGGUUGACGUUGAUGACAGGCCAGUCUGUGUGGAAAUCUGUGAUACUGCGGGUCAGGACUCAAUGUCGGAGCUCCGUGAGUUAUGUUAUCCUGGCACGGAUGUCCUCAUGCUGUGUUUCUCCGUGGUUCGUCCGGAGACCUUCAGAUCGGUCGCUGAUCGAUGGACCCGCGCUAUAUCCUCGGUACAAGCGCCAGUAGUGCUCGUGGGGACGCAGAGUGACCUGGCUCUUGACGGACGUGUGAUACAGACUUUACGGGCCAGAAACGAACACGCAGUUACAGAAGCAGAAGCGAGAGCGUUGGCGGCAAAAAUAAACGCCACUUACAUAGAGACGUCGGCUAAGACACGGAAACAACUGAAGGACGCCUUCGACGCCGCCAUCUUGGCUGGUCUACCAGUAAUACACAACAAACGACCGCUAUGGAAGAAAAUAUUAUGCCUUAACUAG